AUGUACGGAACUCCAAAUAGAUGUACUCGAGAUGUAUCAGAAGAAGAAACCGAAAUAGUCGAUAGACCCAUCUCACUCAAAGAUGUUGUUCAGCUUAUUAAUGACAUUUCAGUAGUUGCUGAAAAUUGUAAUAUAUUAGCACGGGGAUCAGAAUUAUCACUUGGGGAAUAUCCCCUCAUUUCAAUGAAACUAAUUUUAGAAGGACAUAUUAAAUCCAUAGAUGAGAUAGAUGAAAGUAUUAAAAUAUUCAAGAAGAACAAUGUUCUUCUUAUUAAUAAAAUAAAAGAAAGUAUUAGAAGAGAAAACAGAGAGAAGAGAAUCGAUGAAGCGGAGAAGAAAAAGAAAGAAGAAGAGACAAAACCAGAGAGGAGAAAAACCAGACCUCUCUAG